AUGGCAGUCGUACCGGAUGUCGAGCCGGGCCAAGUCCCACCUCGUUCGACGAAGCAACGAGCACAGGAUGAUCAAGUGAUGGCUACAAACAGCAGCAGCAUCGUGUCGAAGCGCAGUGUUGAACGCAUCUACUACCCUGAUGAGGCGCACUUCUUCCGCCAUUUCGUCAAAAAGUUCCAACGCCGUGCUCCUCUCAUCAACCGGGGCUACCAUCUUCGCCUGCACAUUAUAGACGUUGCUGUCCGCCGCUUCCUGGAGCAUCCUAGCGAAAAGUCCAAGGUGAUCGUGAACCUGGGGUGCGGGAGUGAUGUGCUCCCAUGGCAAUGCAUGACCAGAUACCCGCAGCUCAGCCGUGAUGUCAAGUUCGUGGACAUCGACUUUCCCGACUUGAUGAAGAGGAAACGCACCAUUAUCGAAGACACACCAGAACUCAACUCGCUGCUAACGGGUUUGAGAGACGACGUCGCCAACAAGAAUGUGUUGCUGCAGAGUGACCAGUACUUCCAGGUUGGCUGUGAUCUGCGUGAUCUCGCCGGUAUACAAAAGGCGAUGCUGACUUUCCUUGACACCCCCGCCUGCACCUUUAUGUUUGUGGCCGAAGUCUCCAUCACGUACAUGGAGACUGAAGGGGCCGACUCGGUCAUCCGAUGGGCCAGCACUCUCGGUCAAGCUGAAUUUUGCUUGCUCGAGCAAAUUCUCCCCGAUGGUCCAGACCAUCCCUUUGCAAACACCAUGCUGAGUCAUUUCGACAAACUGAAGACCCCCCUGAAGUCAGUCUUCACAUACCCCACUCUUGAAGCCCAGCGUCAUCGAUUUACCCGCUUAGGAUGGGAACAACUUGACGUGCAGAACCUCUGGCAGAUCUGGGCCAGCGACAAGUGGCUUUCGCCAGACAAGAGAAGAGAACUUGAUACGAUCGAGACUUUUGAUGAAUGGGAAGAGUUUGCUCUCUUUGCAGGACAUUAUUGUCUCGUCAUUGCGCGGAACGUGCCUGUCGAAACUGGCACGGACAACGUUAACACAGCUUCGCUGACAGAAGGCCAGGCGCCCGUGCUAUUCCCGGAAACAUCCUUCAGCGAGUAUAGCAGAACGCGUGGCCAGCGUCGGUUCGCAUCUGCGAUCAAGAUGAGGAAUCACUUGGGAGAACUAUGCUUUGCCAAUGCAUUUGGACUAGGCACCAACAGCCGUCUUAGGUCAUGCGACUUGUACAGUUCUGAAUCGACUAUCCCAGAUGUCGGGAUGCAGAUGGCUGGUCCCAAUAGUCGCAUGUGCCACGCUGUUGUAAACUUGGGAUUCUUCGGGAGCCUCUUGACCGGUGGCAGGGCUUCACCGACAACUGCUCUGCGGGAUUGCUGGCACUUCAGCACCGAGGCUAACACUUGGUCGAGGGUGCAUAACCUUCCGCUGCCUCUGUACCGGCACUCCGUGGCACAGCUUGGAAAUUCCAACAUGGUUCUACUGGUUGGGGGUAAGUCUGACUCGUCUACCAUCUUCGGCGGCUGUUUGCUGUAUCAGCCGGGCUCGGGAUGGCGCGAAUGUCGCGUAUCCGGGUCAGAAUACAACCCAGUGUUUGGUGCAAUGCUUGUCAGUUUCAAGGAGAACUACCUUGAUGCUGAUGGUGAGCCAUCCAUUACAAAUACUGUACGCUUUCACGGUGUCCUCGCGGGCGGGCUGCUACAAGAUGGCACAGUGGCUCAGCAGGUCCUGCGCUGGAGUCUACUUCUCGCGAAAGACGAGUGUCCCACGGUUUCCUUUGAACGUUUAUCAAGCCCAGAGCCUGACCUAGAGAAACAAAGGUCGGACACUACAUGGGGCCAAUCCCUGAGUCUGAUCAGUCGUUUCGGUGCAUCUGCACUUCUCCAUGAUUCACGAUCUAUCGUCGUAGUGGGUGGCAUCAUUCGCGACGGUAUUCUAUCACGAAACCAUGAGAUACUACUACUGGAAGUCUCGGGCCUUGAGCUGAAGGUUGUUGCCACUUGCUGUCUGGCUGACUCUCGCGCGCAGUCGACCAAACCUCGACCUCUUUUGGUGGGAACAUCAGCCGCCAUGACGGACAAUGCCCAGCUAGUUCUCAUGGGAGGCGGGGCCACGUGUUUCUCUAUGGGAACGUACUGGAACCAAGGUUGUUACUCUUUCGACUGUGAUCUUCAGUCUCUGGUGACCGGACGUGUGCCUCUACCCCCGCCCAUGAGCCAAUGGAAGUUUGGCAGGACUGUCGAGAUCGCGGAAAUGUCAAAAGCCCAGCACCUGUCGGGGUCUCAAGGAAGCCCUGAGCGUGCAACAAAUACGAAAAUACCCAGGCUCCGUAUCGCCAUGUCAGCUGAGUUUGUCGAGGUCGUGAAAGCUGGCAAACCAGUCGUAAUCGAAGGUUGUCCCCUGGGAACAUGCGUGGACAAGUGGACUACACAGUACCUCAAAGAUCAAGUCGGAUAUGACAGAAAGGUUGUGGUCCAUGAAGCUGGGAGCUCAACUAUGGAUUUCAACGCCAAGAACUUUGCCUACGUGACGAAAGCCUUCGGUCCCUUUAUGUCAGAGGUGGCAGGUGGCGGAAAGCUCUAUCUGCGUGCACUUUCGGAGGACCGACCGACUGCCCAACCUGCUUGUCUUGCGUCAGACUUUCCUCAGUUGGCAGACGAUUUUCAGCUGCCCGAAGAACUAUCCUUUGUCACGAAUAAUGCCUUCAGCUCCGUGCUCCGGAUAUCAGGGCCCGUCACAAUGUGGUUGCAUUACGAUGUCAUGGCAAACAUAUAUUGCCAGGUAUCAGGUUCCAAGCGGUUCGUCUUAUAUCCGCCAUCCGACGUCGACAAGCUUACGUUUGCGCCGGGGGCUUCCAGCUCGAGUGUCGAUGUUUUCUCGGAGCUGGAGUCACCAAGGCUGGCUUCAACACACCCUCACGAGGCUGUUCUGGGCCCGGGAGACAUCCUCUUCCUCCCACCAGUGUGGCUCCAUACCGCGGCACCACUGACUGAUCUAGGAGUUGCCGUCAAUGUCUUCUUCCGCAGCCUUGAGAGCGGUUACUCGCCCGGCAGAGACGUUUACGGCAAUCGCGAUGUUAUGGCGUAUGAAAAGAGCCGCCAGGAUAUCGCCCGCAUCGCGAGCUCGUUUAGCAAGAUACCGCCAGACAUGCGCGAGUUCUACAUCAGGCAAUUAGUGGGCGAGCUUGCACAGAAAAUUACUGAUUGA